AUGAUACACCCAGAGUUCCAUGGGCACAGAUAUUCCAACAGAUUAUUUGUCCUGUUGGUGGUGGUGACCUGGCUACAAAACAUCUUGUACCGGUCAAGAACAUCAUCAUCCGACCCCCUAUUCAGCGGAGAUGGAACCAGUGGGGACUUGGUUGCUGUAGAACUGGAGAGUCCUGUGACCUCCAACCCUGAACCAGAAGUUCCCGAAUGGGAAGCUGUGAUGGCUGACUGGUGGGUUAAUACUGAUGAUCACGGAAUUUCUGAAUGGGAAGCUGUGCUGAUUGAUCGUUGGGGUAACAUCGAUGAUCAUGAAGGUAGUCAUUAUCAUUCAUUCUCGCAGAGAAUUGUGGGUGGACAGAAUGCUGAUAUCGGGGAGUGGCCCUGGCAGGCCAGUCUUAUCUAUAAUAAGAUCUCAGUCUGUGGAGGGGCUCUUAUCUCCCAAAACUGGGUGGUGACUGCAGCACACUGUGUGGCUAACAGAAACUUUAAGAACUUUAAUGUUCUGUUGGGGGUGCUGAACCUAACUGGUAUGAGUCCUACACAACUUAAUGUGCACGUAAUUACCGUCAUCAUCCACCCCAUUUACAACGGAGACGGGACCAGCGGAGACCUUGCCCUUCUGGAACUGGCCGAACCUGUGAGCUUUAAUGACAAUACUCAGCCAAUUGCUCUUCCGUCCCAAAACCAGGAAUUCCAGAAUGGGCUGAUGUGUUGGCUGACCGGCUGGGGACGCACUGCUGAAAAUGUUAAACUGGUGGCUCCGCAAACAUUACAGGAGGUUGAGCUUCCUCUUAUGGAUUAUUUAGAAUGUGAUAAAAUGUUCCAAGUUGCCUACAACCUUACUAAUCCCCCUGGGUAUGUGAGUCCAGCCAUGAUCUGUGCCGGCUACCCCGAAGGCAAGAAAGAUGGCUGCCAGGGGGAUUCUGGAGGACCAUUAGUGUGCAAAUCUGGUGGAUCCUGGUUUCUGGUUGGAAUCGUGAGUUGGGGUGAUGGUUGUGCCCAGCCACUAAAACCUGGUGUCUAUACCAAAGUCAGCUACUUUUCCAACUGGAUAAAAUAUUCUGCUUCAAUGUCAGACCUGAAAAUCAGUGCAACGACUGUAAAGAUGGACACCGAGAUGACACAUAAGGCCUUGACCUCAUCUGAAGGGAUUGAACAAGAGAUGGCGUCUCCGGCCUUCACCUCAUCUAAAGUGAUUGAACAAGAGACCCCCUCUGCGGGAAGAAGACUCCAAAUAUCAAUGAGUCUUUUAGUUGUGGUUACGUUCAGCAGAAUGUUGGACAUUUUAUGA